ACCGUUGGAAGCGGAAACUGGUGUUCGGAGACGGAGAGCUCUCCUGGAGCACCGAUCUAGUCAAAGACUACGAAUCACCCCCGAUCAAUAUGAUUGUAAGAACAUAGAGGAUUGCUAAGAUGAUUACAAUCACUAAUAUGUUUUUCGUUCCUCCGCAGCCGCCAUCAUUAUCUAGAUCAGAUGCGGUGUUGUUGUCCCGAUUGGCUACUUCCGGCUUCGCAACCGUGGUUUUGGAUUCGCAAUCCGGAUCGAGAUCUGAGGUGAAGGACCAUGAUAUGAUGGUGUGGGAUUGCUACGCCAACGCCGUUGAAGUGGAGAAAACGAGAACCAUCCAAUCCAUCAUAUCGAUUCUGUAAUUCAAAUACAUAGCCCAAUAAUUGUAUAUAUAUCCUACCUACUAUGAAUAAUACUCUAGCCAUUUUCCCUAUACCAGGUACCUUUGUCAUUGUCGAUGGCGAAGGUGAAAUCAGAGGUGAAGUUCGCGACGGCGCCGGUGGAAGCCCAUUUCAGGUGGAGGGUGGUGGGUGAAGGGGAGAUAGAUAACAUCGAUAUCUGGGUCGUCGAGGAGGGGCUCGUAGGAGCUGUAGAUUUUGGCGUCGGGAGGCAAAUCGUAGGCCCUGGUGAAUCCGGUUGGCGAUGGCAGCCAUUUGUGCGUUUGGGGCUAAAUUUAUCGCCCGAGAUACCUUGCACUCUUUGUCAUCAGAGCCCGUGAUUUCGAACGGGAUGGUUGGUUUCGGCGAUGGCAGCCAUGGUCUGGUUUGGGCUAUCACUGGGAGAGCUCUCUGCCUCCGAACACCAGUUUCCGCUUCCAACGGUGGCGAGGGCUUAAAAGAAAUUAGUUGUAUUUUUUUUAUUGUUGAAUGGGUUGAGAUAGUGAGGUGGAAAUUUGAAAAUUUUAUUUUUUAUUAUUUUUUAAAUAGACACGUUAGUUAUUUAACGUCAACUAUAAAUGUUGACUGCCACAUAGGAUAAACAUAAUGGAGACUAACGGAGAGUGACAAAAUUUGAACUGUUAAUCUAAGGGUUAAAGACACAUUUGGUCACUAAGAUUACUAAAUCGGGACACGUUUA